AUGACAGACAGGCCCAGAACUGCCCCUCAACUACACUUGUUUGUGAAUUUGGCACAGAAAGCCAAAGCCUCUCAGGUCAGCACAGUCAGCUCUCUGUGGGUCGCGAACAAUGCCAUCGACGGAGGCAAGAAUUUCUCCACAUUAUCAACUACAUGCGCUGCUACUACCUGGGAGUAUUUACCCUGGCUUAAGGUGGAUCUGCAGGCUGUCUAUCAAGUGAGCACUGCCACGGUCACUUACAGAGAAGACAGCUUUCCAGACAAGAUAAAAUCAGUCACGGUGAACUUCGGAAGCUCUCUAGACUUCGAUGGCUACAGCAAUCCCAAGUGUACCGUGACCACCACUGACAAAACCUCCAGCACCGUCACCUACUCCUGUGGAAACCAUAAUCUGGCGCUAAAGAGAAACGCCUCUCAGUCGUCCAAUUAUGGGUUUUGGACUGCAGAAAGAGCUGUCGAUGGUUCUCGAACUGGGCCAAAGUUGUGGUCGGUGUGUUCGUCCACAGCUAACCAAAGUAACCCGUGGUGGAGGGUGGAUCUGGGGGACGUUUACCGCGUUAGCAGAGUAGUCAUCACUAACAUUAACAACAGCUUCGCAGACCGAAUAAACGGAGCCCAGAUUCACAUCGGAAACUCUCUGGAGAACAACGGCAGCAGCAAUCCCAUAUGUGCAGUGAUUUCUGGUAUUCCAGCUGGAGUUUCUGCAACCUUCCUCUGUUGUUUUAUGGAGGGUCGAUAUGUGAAUCUGUUCAUUCCCGGAGACUCAAAGAUGCUCACACUGUGUGAAGUGGAGGUCUAUGUAGAAGGUCCGUGUUGGAAGCAGUCAUUGGUGAAACUGAAACUCGACUCCAGCUUUAGUCUUUCUGAAGUGCGGCUCCUGACGCAGCUGGAAUCUGCUCUGGCCCAAAGAGGACUCUCUGACGUGACGCUGCACUGGACGCAACUGCCCAAACAGGAAGUGAUGCGGAAGGAAGCUGCGCCAGGAAUACGUCUGGGUUUGGUCACGGGUCCACUGCUAUUGUGGUCUUGA